AUGCCCCUCCAAACAUACCACCAUAUCGCCUCUGCCAAGGGCCUCUCAAGUAUCACGACUUUGAUUGUGGGAACUCAAGAAGCUGUUCUAAUAGAUCCUCCCUUCCUGAUCCCGGAUGCCCAGGCUGUCGUGACCUGGAUUCAAUCCACAACUAAUGUUCCCCUCAAAAGCGUAUUUGUAACGCAUCAUCACCCAGAUCACUUCUUUUCGGCAAAUCCUAUUCUUGACGCUUUUCCUACUGCCACUUUCUAUGCCGCGCCCUACGUGCUCGCAGGAAUCAACCGCGAGUAUGAUGAAAAAGUCAAGUACUGGCCGACUAUCUACGGAAAGGAGAAUGUUCCAGAAACACCUCGAAAACCAGAAGAAUUCAACUUCAGCUUUUUCUUGUUGCAGGGCAACCUCGAUAGCCCUGUCAUACUUUUAGGCCCACUCCAAGGUGAUUCUGUGGAUCAUACGGUAUUCUGGAUGCCUACCGAGAGAACACUCAUCUGUGGGGACACGGUCUACGGAAGAAGCAUGCAUGUUUGGGUGGAAGAGGUUGAAACACCGGCUUUGCUUCAAGCAUGGAUCCAGACCUUGGAGCUUAUCACGGCCCUACAGCCUAUCAAGCUUAUUCCUGGACAUAUGGAGGCCGGAUGGGAUUUGGACGCGAAAGCCGACCUUGCCCACACAAAGCAGUAUCUUGGUUUGUUUGGAGAGAAAGUGACUUAUGCUCCCACCAAAUCGCAAGUGAACGAACUGUUCGAAUACUUCAAGAAUGCAUUUCCGCAGUGCACGCAAAAUUUGGACUUCUUCUUGGGUCACUUGUCGAAUCAAUUUGGCGAAGGUGGACAGGUCUGGGAGGAGAAUAAGCAUCAUGCAGUGGAUAAGCGUACUUUGAAAGGUCUGAAUGGUUAUUUGUUUUAG